CAACGGUUCCAGCGACAGCGACAAUUCCGACCAAACCCACGACAACCCCUUCAGUAACGCCGUCAAAAUGGGUCAUCCAGCUGGUCUUAGAGCUGGCACGCGCUAUGCGUUCAGCCGUGACUUCAAGAAGAAGGGAAUGAUCAAGCUGUCCACAUACUUGAGACAAUACAAAGUCGGAGACAUCGUGGAUAUCAAGGCCAACGGUGCUGUUCAAAAGGGUAUGCCACACAAGGUUUACCACGGAAAGACCGGUGUUGUGUACAACGUUACCAAGAGCGCCGUCGGAGUUAUCAUCUACAAGAAGGUCAAGCACCGUUACAUCGAGAAGCGCGUCAACCUGCGCAUCGAGCAUGUGUCUCUUUCCCGUUCAAGAGAAGAGUUCGUCCGCCGCGUCAAGGCCAACGCCGAGCUCAAGAAGAAGUCAAAGGCCGACGGCACCCACGUCCACUUGAAGAGGCAGCCGGCGAUGCCCCGUGAGGCAAGGACGAUUUCAUGCAAAGACAACAUCCCAGAAACUGUCGUCCCAGUUGCCUACGAGACGUUUAUUUAGUUGCGUCGUUGACUCGGUUAUACUUGGGUUUUGCUUGGGGUCUGUGGUAUUGCAUGGGACGAAAUGACUGAGCCAUACCAUAAAGGAAUAAGAGCCCGGUUACUUGAGGCACAGAACUAUGUUGCGUGACAUGCGUAUGUGAGAUCAUUCAAUAAAAAAGUUAAAACAUGCGAGGAUGAAAGUGAUGCAUCAUGGAUUCCUGGACGGCUACAGGAGACUCCUAAGGCAGGGAAGCCUGUCUCGUUCUACUAUUCAUACGUUCCACUCUCCACCACAAAACAAUACCUCUAGAGCAGAUAUUGCUUGGAAAUCAAUUACGAAAAUAUCCUCCUUGUAGUGAUAAAUUCCAUGUUACCCUUUCCCAGCCCGUAUGAGAUCAAAGACCAUCUCAAUGCAGCCCCUGUAUACCCUUACCAUAUUGUGCUAUUUAGCGUGUACCAAACGAAUACUCUGCUCCAAACUCAUCGCUAGAGGAUCGUCCUGUAAAAGGUUAGUAUCAAGCAAAUGACAUUCCGCUAUGUCGUAAAUAACCAAUA